AUGUUGCAGCGCCGCGCGCAGCUGCUGAGAUCCUUUUUGGAUCGACAUGGAUUUGAUUAUGUGAACCGCCCUCGAAGUCUCAAAGGGUCGCAGAUCAAGAUGGAGCCAGUGUACCCCAUUGAAGUUGCUAUGGAGCUGGGCAAUUGGGGAAUGGUGAAGAUCUUGCUGGAUGCCGGGGCCAACCCCCCGAGCAGCCCGAGCAGCCCAAGCAGCCCGAGCACGUCCAUAGGCUCCAUCUUCAACUGGGCACUAGCGCACCUUAAACCGGACAAGAUUUCUGCGCCGGGGCCCUUGCGGAGCUGCCUUCGAACUGGCCUUCGGUGCAAGUCUGGCAGAAGUGGCAUUGUCUCCGUGGAGCUAUAG